AUGGAGAGGCACGUCCUGAGGGGACACGAGCUCCGCGCCGCGGGGCUUGCGGCCCAGCAGAACUGCAGCAUUCAAGAAAAAAUGGAUUUGGAAAUUCGAAUACGAGAAGGAAUAUGGAAACUCCUUUCUUUGAGCACUCAAAAAGGCCAGAUUUUGCAGGCAGUUAAGAAUCUCAUGGUGUGCAAUGCUCGAAUAAUGGCUUACACAUUGGAGCUGCAGAAGUUAGAAGAGCAGAUUGCAAAUCAAGCUGGAAAAUGUGAGGAGAAUUUUGAAAGUAAAGAACGGACAGCUUGUAGAGGAAAGAUUGCCAUUUCAGAUAUUCGUAUACCACUAAUGUGGAAAGACUCUGAUCACUUCAGCAAUAAAGAACGAUCACAGUACUAUGCCAUUUUUUGUUUAUUCAAACUGGGAGCUGAAGUUUUUGAUACUGAGAUGGUGAUUGUGGAUAAAACAAUCACAGAUAUAUGUUUUGAAAAUGUGACCAUAUUUAAUGAAGCAGGGCCAGACUUUCAGAUAAAGGUGGAAGUAUAUAGUUGCUGUACAGAAGAAUCUUCUAUAACUAAUACACCAAAAAAAUUAGCUAAGAAACUGAAAACAUCUAUAAGCAAAGCUACAGGGAAGAAAAUCAGUUCAGUGCUUCAAGAAGAUCAUGAAAUGUGCUUGUCCUUCAGUUCUGCUAUUUAUGGUGCGAAGUACAGUUUGCUAGCUCAUACUACCCUGAGCUUGGAAAGUGCUGAGGAUAGCUUCAAGACUCAUAAUCUCUCUGUUAAUGGGAAUGAAGAAUCUUCAUUUUGGCUUCCCUUAUAUGGUAACAUGUGCUGCCGACUAGUCGCCCAACCAACCUGUAUGGCUGAGAAUGUAUUUGCGGGAUUUCUUAAUGAGCAGCAAAUGGUAGGAGGUCUGAUUCAUUGGAGAAGGUUGUAUUGUGUUUUAAGAGGGGGUAAACUCUAUUGUUUUUACACUCCAGAAGAAAUCGAAGCUAAAGUGGAACCAGCUUUGAUAGUGUCUAUUAACAAGGAAACCAGAAUUCGAGCAGUGGAUAAGGAUAAAACGAAAAGAAUUCAUAAUUUCUCUGUCAUCAACCCUGUUGCUGGACAGGCCGUAAUUCAUAUAUUUUCAGCUGACAAUAGAGAAGAUCUUCAGAAGUGGAUGGAAGCCUUCUGGCAGCAUUUCUUUGAUCUUAGCCAAUGGAAGCAUUGUUGUGAAGAACUUAUGAAAAUUGAGAUUAUGUCACCACGGAAACCACCUUUGUUCUUGACAAAAGAGGCAACCUCAGUCUAUCGUGAUAUGAGCAUUGAUUCACCUAUGAAACUUGAGAGUUUAACUGGUAUAAUACAAAAAAAAAUUGAAGAGACAAAUGGAGAGUUCCUAAUUGGCCAGCAUGAAGAAGCCUCAUCUCCUUCUUGGGCCACACUCUUUGAUGGUAAUCACCAAGUUCUCAUCAAGAAAAAGGUAUUAUCUCCUGCAAGCAAGCAGUUACAUGAAGAGAAAGGGAAAAAGAGACAAGCUCCCCUUCCUCCUUCUGAUAAAGCUCCAUUCAACUUAAAAACACAGAGCAACAAAAGUCAAUUGGUUCAGGGCAACUGGGAAAAAACAAGUGUAUCUCAGACCUCGCCUUUGGAUACCAAACUGUCAACCCCGAUGCAUCACUUACAGAAACCAGUGGCUGCUCCUCGAAAACUUCUUCCUGCCAGGAAAAGUAGUUUAACUGAUGGUGAACACACAGACACUAAAACUAAUAUUGAAGCCAAGCCAAUACCAGCUCCAAGGCAGAAAUGUAUCAAAGACAUUUUGGACCCUAGAUCAUGGUGGUGGACACAAGUAUAG